AUGCUAUUGGAAAAAAAAAAAAUGGAAUGGCCGAGGAGAUAGGAUUGGAAAGUUGGAAAGCAGGGCAAGAAAAUGGGAGGCGGUGGCGGAGGUGUGGCGUGGCGCACAUUGGGAAAGAAGUGGUUGCACUCCACCAGAGCUUUAAGCCACACUCGAAUCCCUCCCAAUUCUCUCCUUAGCCUCGACCUCCCUGAUGUCUGGAUUCCCAAUACCAAUUACACCUCCACCGCCAAUACCAAUUGCCGUUUCAUUCCAUCAUCAAGGAUUCCAGCUAAUGAGCACAUGGCUACAGUAAUUGAUGGGAAGUCAAUCGCAGAUGAUUUAAAAUCAGGAAUAGCAGGGGAAAUAUGCAGAAUGAAGAAUGCCGUUGGAAAGCUUCCUGGGUUGGCAGUUCUUUUGGUGGGUAAAAGAAGGGACUCACGGACUUUCAUCCGUAUCAAGAUAAAAGCUUGCAAUGAAGUUGGAAUUUCAUCUUUCAUAGCAGAACUGCCUGAAGACUGUACAGAAGAUGAAAUUAUUAAUGUCAUUUCAAGUUAUAACGAGAAUCCAUCGGUACACGGUAUUAUAGUGCAACUUCCUCUACCACAACAUUUGGAUCAGGAGAAGAUUGUGAAUGCUGUGAGUCUAGAAAAAGAUGUGGAUGGCCUCCAUCCCACUAAUAUUGGGAAUCUUGCCAUGAGGGGAAGAGAACCCUUAUUCAUCCCUUGUGCUCCUAUGGUCUGCAUUGAGUUGUUGCUCAGAUCUGGUGUGGAGAUCAUUGGAAAGAAAGCAGUGGUAAUUGGGAGAAGCCGGAUUGCAGGGUUGCCGACUUCUUUGUUAUUGCAGAGACGCAAUGCAACAGUCAGCACUGUACAUGCAUUCACAAAGAAGCCGGAACAGAUUACCUCUCAAGCAGACAUUGUGGUCACAGAUGUGGGAGUUCCCAACAUGGUUCGAGGCCAUUGGCUAAAACAAGGAGCAGUUGUGGUUGAUAUGGGGACUAAUCUAGUAAAGGAUCCAAGUUGUAGGCAAGGUUACAGUGUCACCGGAGACGUAUGCUUCGAAGAAGCAAUAGGAGUGGUGUCAGCCAUUACCCCUGUUCCUGGAGGGGUGGGACCUGUUACAAUCUCUAUGCUCCUUUCCAACACUCUCGACUCUGCUAAGCGCGCAUACGGGUUCACUUGACCACUCUUUACUUCAUAAAUUUUGCACAUCCUUAUUUCUUUCCUUGUAUCUAUGCCAAUUAAUUUAUUAUGCCAUUACUCCAUCAAAAUCUUCAAUGUAAAUUAUGCAUUUUAUGGUUA